UCGACGGCGGCCGGCCAGAACUUUCAGUUGGAGAGCGACUGUGGACGUGGAUGGGCAGCUCCCGUUUGGUUGAGCUGAGUGUUCACGAUUUUUGGGAAAACAGAUAGCCAGCAGUAACCUAGGGAGUCGCUGCGUACGACCUAAGGUUCCGGUGGCCCCGAGCUGAAAAUAUAGGAGGCCUGACAUCGUCUCUGAAGGACUUGGCGUCGUCUGCUAGACGAGGCGAAGCAGCUGAGGGCACCAUGACGGCGUGUCUCGGAAGGACGUGGGAACGUGGCUACAACCACUUCACCGACAGCUCCAUCAGCCUCAACAACAGCCUAGAAGACGACGAUACGGAGCUCGUUGUCUGCAACGAGGACGGCACAUGUAAGUCGGUGAUCGUGGCCGAGGGACUGCGUACCUGCGACCUCUGCGAACUGCUGGCGCACAAGAACAACGUGACCAAUGACGUCAACUGGUCGCUGGUGGAACGGUGGCAGGACCCGGCCAUCGAGAGGACUGUGGAGGAUCACGAGGAUGUGUUGAACACGUACCGAAUCAUGAAGACCGCGCACAGCAACUCGUCCUUCUACUUCAAGAAGGACUUUGGCAAGUACGAGUUCUUCCACAAUCCCCAGCAAUUUUUCCCGGACAGUAUGAUCGAGUUGCCGAAUGGGAAGAGUUCGGCCAACACCACCAGUCUGGCCAGGAUUAUCGCCCUGCAGGUAAGUCAGGUCGUCUCGGCGACGUGUGGCCGGUCGUGACUCGGCUAUUAGUUAUCGUGAUGAGGCCGCUCCUAGUUCACCGAGGGACUCCCCAGACUGCUGCCUUUCGGAGCAGACACUCGCUUCUCCGCGCAACUAUUGCGUCUGAGCUACUAGACUAUGUCGACUGAAAGCAUGCUUCUAUGUAUAACCACAUACGAGUAAAAUCCGAGCCGAGAUAUCCUCAGUACUCGCGGCUUGACUGAAAGGGAGCAGCUUCAGCUUCUGUCAUUUCUAUCUCAUUUCUAUCCCACUUUGCUACUGUCUUCCUUCUUCAAAUAUAAGACGCCGAGUUCUAUAUCCCGAUGGUGGAUCGUCACAGGCGGCACCCACCAACUGUCACGCUGUACUAUCCGCUCUUCGCCGAGUGGCUCUGCCUGUGGCGGCUGAACUAUCGAUUAGCCGAUGGAGAGGUCGGAGCUUUGGGUGAGCUUCCUCCAGGCAGCUCAGACAGAGCUCAGACAGCCAGACAGCGUCUUUGACAGCGUCUGAGCCUCCUUCAGACAGUGUGUAAGGCCUAGCUGGCCAGUCGCCAAUCGGGGUUUCGUUUUUUUUUUUUUGGGGGGGGGGCUGCCGCACAUUCCUUUUUCGUG